AUGGUGAGAACUACAAAUGUGACCAUUUCGAGUGAAAUAGAGAAAGGCAGUAUCGAAUAUGAGCCGUUCGUAGAAUGGUUAACGCCGAUCAGAGGGCGUGCUUUCAUUUCACAUGAAAGCGAGCGUGAGGUCAAACUAGGGGGAACUUUUGGACUUUUAGUUCGCCGAGAUCUUAUUGGCGCAUCUUUCUUUGAGAAAAUGGAGCCACCCUCCUCCGAGACCAUGCAACUUGCUUGUGACCUAUUUGAUCGACACGGGCGCCUAAAGUAUGAACUCAUGUAUCAUCCUAUUCGGAAGGGACUGGGUAUUUGGCAAGGCGAACUUUCCCUGGGCAACUUUUUGAUUAUUGAAUCCGUGUCCGUGAUGAAAGACCAUCGUCGCCGAAGCGUUGGACGGGAAAUGGUGAUGAACAUGAUCCAAAAGGCUAUAGCACUCAAUGAUGACAUUCGGUUUAUAUUUGCCUAUCCAACCUGCUUGCAUGAAGGGGAAGACCUUCAGGACCGUGCGGGAAUGACUAAAAAGGAAAGAUUUGAAAUGGCGCGCGCCCAGGCCACGGUUGCCAUUUGCUUCUUUAGGGCUUUGGGUUUCCGGCGAGUAGGGUUGACCAAUUGGUUCGCUUUAUCAAGCAAAGAUGCCAAUCACAUUUCGCGAACCAUAACAGCCGAGAAUGACAUAGAUCCCCCUGAAAUUGAGCAGUGGGAAAGCGACUACGAUUCGGAUGACCCUCAGCCCGAAGUCCCCAAGACGCGAACGAUAUUACAUAGCGGAUCGAUCCACGAAGAUGGGAACUUCAACUUCAGCGGGGCCUCAUUGUCGUCAGCCAUGAAUGCAGCCACGGCUUUUGUCGACGACAAAAGAAAACGUCAAGAUACUCGAAGCAGGCUUAUUAGAAAUCACCCGAUUCAUCAUUCCUUUAUGACUCUUUCCGAUGCAGAGUGUCUGGAACUUCUUCUGGAACAGGACCGUGACAACGAGUCGCGGGAGAGACUCGCCAGAACGACGGAUGACCGAGGGAAUACCCUCCUUCAUAUGGCAGCCUGUCACUUCAUGCCAAAUUCUUUGAUGUGGAUCUUGAAACUCGCCAUUGAAGGCUGGGACGCCAAAGAAUGUCGCAACAUACAAGGGUACACCCCUCUUGAAGCCUUACAGUCAAAAUUGGAGGAGGGUCGCCUUGGGAAGUAUUACGGGCAGCGCUUCAUAUUUCAAGCAGAUCAAUUUGAUGGAUAUGAUGAAAAGGCAACAGCAUGCCUGCUUGCCCUUGAGGGACAUGAUAAUGAAACCCCCGAAAGCAUGAAUCGAUUACGUUUUGGCUGCAGCUGUGGUUUGUGUUUAGGGGGUUUUCUAAGUCGUCGCAUGAUUGAAAGUCUUCAACUGGGCUCUGAAAGUAUCCUCAGUCAACUUGGAAACACAAAAGUUGCUCAAAGCCAUCGACUUUGGUAUAAACUAAAUCGAGAUCUCCUUGAGAACAUACCUCAGAAUAGCAAAAAUAUCCCCACAGAAGAGAACUUGAUGGCAAUCUAUCGGAAAUCUCGACUGUGGCCGCAAAUGUAUGCUUUCUAUUUUGCUCCGGGUGGUAGCAUUGAAGUCGCUACGAACCUUAUGCUGGAUUUUGCGAAACAACAAUUCCAAACAACAAUUGUGGGCAGCCACCAGAGAUAUGACUCGCAAACAUCAGACUCUCCAUCAUGCAGGAAUGACUACGAGUUCGAAUUGGUGAGACGACAAUGUUCAAAUGUUGCAAGUGCAAUGGCUUCAGCGCAGUCAUCUCAGGAAUCAUGGCUGCCUCAGCUUUCACGCUUGAUGAAGACUACCGGGUUCUCAAAUGGCUGGAAUUAA